AUGAGAAAGGAGGGGAUAAACAGAGCAAUGGAGGGAGGAGCAGAGCGAUGAUUCCUCUCUAAUCCUCUGGACACGCGCGAACCGGGUGGCUGCAGACAGACUGAGAGUGUAAGAGAGUGAGAGGGAGUGGGCAGGUGGAGACGGAGAGAGUGUGAAGUCAAACUGUAAGAGGAGCAAGAUGAAGGCAGAGGGAGGGAGGAGGAGAAGAAGAGCUAUUAUUCCUCUAUCACGCUGAGAGAAACCAGUGGGGAGCGUUCCUUACGAGCAGAAGCGAAGCAGCUAUUCACUCUCUACCAGUGAGAGAGUGAGAGGGGGGGAGAGCGAGCGAUAAACGAGAGAGAGAGAGGUACACUACUCCGCUGACAGUGUGAACAGAACGAGGAGAGAUGAGAGAGGGAGGGUGAAGCAGAAAACUAGACAAUGUGGAGGGAGAGCGGUAGGUAGCAGCUUGUUCGGGAGAGGUGGAGAGAGGGCAGAGAAGCACAAGACUAGCCACAGGGAAGGAGAGCGAGAGGACGGAGGAGAGACAGUGGAGGGAGGGAAGAGGAGGAUGAGGGAGGAGUGGAGCGAGAAGACAGACGCUGAUCUUUGACUGUUGAGGACAAUGUGCGAGCGUGUGAGCGUGAAGUGUGCUUGUGAGACUGGGUGCGAUGGAUCACUGUUCCUGCACACUGUAAGUCUCAGUGCAUGGCAGGGCGUUUAGAGUGUGUGAGUCUGGUUUUAUUGUGUUUUACCAGACACAGCACAGUGGCUGAGGGAUUACGACAGCUGGGGAGAGAGUGUGAGGCUCUUCUAUGUGUGUUUGUGGUAGCGAGCAGGUGUGUGUGUGUGAAAGCAGCUGGAGACAGAGAUAGGUAGAAAGGCCAGGUACACCUAGAGGGCAGGAUCGCAGAUAGAGAGAACCCACGUGAGGGCAGAACUAGUGAAAACAGGGACACCAACUCUGCCACCAGAUACAGUGCUUGUACGUGCACGCGCGUCUGCACGGCGGCACUGUUCCAGUCAUCUCAGGUCAGCGCGGUGGUGGUGGAGCCAGGGUCCAUAUGGAUAUCCACCAGGCAGCCAUGGGGGCCCAGUGAGCUGUAGUAGAAGACGCCCUCUGCCCCCAGUCCCACCCAGCAGCAGCACUCUCGCUUCCCCUCCGGUGGGUAGACGAAGGUGAGCCUAGGGCACCUCGAAGCCCCGAAGGAGGGCCUACAGCGGGUUUCCUGUACCCAGAGGAGGAACCACGGCCAUCAUGGGGGAGUGGACCAUCCUGGAGCGCCUUCUGGAGGCUGCCGUCCAGCAGCAUUCCACCAUGAUCGGAAGGAUUCUUCUGACCGUGGUGGUGAUCUUUCGGAUCCUGAUCGUGGCCAUCGUUGGCGAGACGGUGUACGAGGACGAGCAGACCAUGUUCAUCUGCAACACCCUGCAGCCGGGCUGCAACCAGGCCUGCUACGACAAGGCCUUCCCCAUCUCCCACAUCCGCUACUGGGUCUUCCAGAUCAUUCUGGUGUGUACGCCCAGCCUGUGCUUCAUCACCUACUCUGUGCACCAGUCGGCCAAGCAGCGUGACAGACGCUACUCCUUCCUCUACCCGCUGCUGGAGCGUUCGGAUUACGGGCAAAGCGGCACCAGGAAGCUUCGUAACAUCAACGGCAUCCUGGUGCACCACGGCGACGGUGGCGGGAAGGACGAGCAUGACUGCAUGGAGGUGAAGGAGAUCCCCAAUGUGCCGCGGGGGCUCACGCAUGGCAAGAAGUCCAAGCAGCGCCAGCAGGAGGGCAUCUCGCGCUUCUACAUUAUCCAGGUGGUGUUCCGUAACGCACUGGAGAUCGGCUUUCUGGUGGGACAGUACUUCCUAUACGGCUUCAGCGUGCCGGGCAUCUUCGAGUGCGACCGCUACCCCUGCGUGAAGGAGGUGGAGUGCUACGUGUCGCGGCCCACCGAGAAGACGGUCUUCCUGGUCUUCAUGUUCGCCGUGAGCGGCAUCUGCGUGCUGCUCAACCUGGCAGAGCUCAACCACCUGGGCUGGAAGAAGAUCAAGGCAGCCAUCCGGGGCGUGCAGGCCCGCCGCAAGUCCAUCUGCGAGAUCCGCAAGAAGGACAUGACCCACAUGUCGCAGCCCCCCAACAUGGGCAGGACCCAGUCCAGCGAAUCCGCCUACGUCUGAUGGAGACAGGGCUAUACGCUGGGUAAGUGAGGGGGCAGGGUAGGGAACGAGUGGGGCGACCACUCCAUUCCACUCUCUCUUUUUAGAGUUGUGAUGGAAAGAGGAGGAGGGGGACGUGGAAAAAAAGCUGCCAAGGAAUAUUUGCUGUAUUUUUUAAAUGUAUUAUGAGACCAGCUGCACCUGUUCUUGUCACCUUGUCAUGUGAUUUUGAUUUAUUGGGACGUUCCCAAAGUGCUGUACGGAAGUCUUCAAGGAGAGGCUUCUGGCUGUUGUAGGGUUUCCGGGCCAGAGGCGGUGGGGUGGAGAAGGGGACCGAAGGGUAGGCUAUGUCAUGAUGCUGUUCUGGCUUAUGUCAUCCAUGAUGAAGAGAGUAUGAGGGGUCGUGAGGAGGGGUCGUGAGGAGGGGUUGUUAAUUGAGAAGGAGCGGAAGAGCUGUCGCAGCGAUGAUCCGUCUCUCCACAAGCAGCACACACGGUGUCGACUCUCUAGCCCCUCUUUGCUGGUGUGGAGAGAGAAUGAUGUUCCUCUCAAGCUGGUCUGCAGAGAUGACGAUGACGGAGAGAGCCAGUGUUCGGGAGUCCUGGAGCUGGUGCCAGAAGAAACUGCUGUUUACAUUUGGUCUCCUGGCAAACAAUUAUUAACACAAACACCAUGAAGGAAUAUUGAAAACAUUUUUCCUCCACUUCUCCACUGCUGGCACCUGCACCGUUGAGACUGAGGGUGGAUGACAGUAAUGUCUUCUCCUCUUUCUCCUUGGUGUAAACUUUAGAGAUAAACCCAAGGAGGUCACACAUAAACGACACCUCCACAGUCGCAAACCGUUCCCCUCCACACCAACACCCCCCACCAACAUCUCUCCAGCAUUCCAAUGUGUUGCGUGUGUUUGUGACUGACUGAAAUAAAGAUAGAAAUAAAAGGAGACCGAGAAAUAGGGAAUAAGAGAGAGUAAAAGAGGAACCUUCUCCUUGCAAUCUCUAUGGUGAAGGACCAGAUCAUUGUAUUACUAAUUUAUAUGUUUAUGAUAUAAUUAUUAUGAGUUGAUUUAUAUUCUCUUUGUGACAAAGUUGGUACCGUCCUUUGGAUUUACUUCUCGUUUGAAAGUUCCUGCAUAGUAUUUCCUCUUUUAGAUGAGAGAGUAUGUCAAAAAUAGAUGUAUUUGUAUUUAUGGAGGGAGGGAAGGCCAAAAAAAACAUGGUUGGGUUUUAUGAGGGUACUUUGUUUUUGUUCAUUUCAAAGCAUUUUGCCUCCGAUCGAUGGAACUAAAUUUGUGUCUGAGAGGAGGAUUGCAUGAGGUAUUUGAAAAAAGCAUGUACACAAGCAGUGCUUCUGAAAGGAACUAAGUGUUGUCAUGACUGGUACUCCUGACAGAGAACAUGUUCAUCUACUGGUUUGUGCUGCAUCUCUCUCAUCUGUGGUGAUCAGCAGGCAUGCCUUUAAGAGACUGAGGAAAGUACCAAGGACAAUAAGCGCUGCACCAUGAUCCUUGAUCACAGACGGGAGAGAGAAAGGAACUCUCGUUGGGAAAAGCUCUGUAGCACCAGCAAUAAAAGCCCAACACACUCGCUCAACGCCACUGAACACAGGGUUCAGCUUUUUUACAAUAGUGGUACGCUCUAAAAGGGAUCCCACACUUACAGCACAAUGGCCUUUGACCCUGCAGUGAG